UUCCGAGUUUUCGACCAAUUGAUAAUUUACAGUUGUAUUAAGUAUAGAAGAUUGUCAAUCACAAAUGCCACGUUUAAUUAAAAAAAAAAAAAAAGAAUUUUUUCACUUUGCCAAACAAUUAUUUUGUCUAAUGGAAUAUUUUGAAUUAUGUGAUUGUUUACAUUUAUGAAAUUUUUGUCAUAAUUGUGGUCUAGUUUACAAUUGUGAUUUAAUCAAUUAUUCAUUGUUUUUUUUAUGAAACAUAUUUAUGUAUAUAUUCAAAUUUAUCAGUUGUAUUUUUUUUCUAAAAAUCGCGUAUUAGUAAUAUUUACAAUGACAUAAUAAAUAAUGUGAAAUUAAAGUGAAAAUAACAAUGACAUCAAUAAAUUGGAGGGAAAUUUUUCCCGGAAAAUGGAGUAUAAUAAUAUUUAUAUUAUAUAUGGCUCUCUUUGUAAAUCAAGGAAUUUUGGUAACUUGGUCACAACACGAUAAGGAAUAUAAUUACAAUACUGUAUUAGUAGUAUUAAUGACUGAAGUAUUGAAAUUAAUUAUAUCAACUCUCUUAUAUCUAAAAGAUAACCAAUUGUCUUCACUUUUAAGCGAAAUAAGUAAAAAUCGUAAAGUGUUAGUACUUUACAUGGUACCGUCGUCUUUAUACUGCUUAUACAAUAAUUUAACAUUCUUAAAUUUAGCAAAAUUCGAUCCUACUACUUAUUUUCUUCUUCUACAAUUUCGAGUUGUUAUAACUGGACUUAUAUUUCAGGUUGUAUUCAAAAAGAAAUUGUCCGUUAAACAAUGGGUUUCAUUGAUUAUCCUAACUAUUGGAUGCAUGGUAAAACAUUUAAAUCUAAAUUUCAAUAAAAGCGCAUUAGAAACAAGUUUCACGCUAAAUAUUGAUGUGAUACUAAUAUUUGUUCAGACAAUCUGCUCGUGCUUAGCUGGUGUUUACAACGAAUAUCUGCUAAAAGGCGAAGGAGCAAAUGUCGAUAUGUUCUUGCAAAAUAUGUUUAUGUAUUUCGAUAGUAUUCUUUGUAACGUUGCAUUCCUUGUUCUUCAAGGUGAUUUUAAACACGUUUUUGAUAAUGCCGGUAGCAGUAUCUUUUUUGAGCCAAAGGUUAUAUUAAUAAUGUUUAAUAAUGCCGGUAUUGGCAUUGUAACGAGUUUCUUUCUUAAAAAUUUAAAUUCAAUUGUAAAAAGUUUUGCCAGUGCCUUAGAAUUAGUUUUUACAGCAAUUCUUUGUUGGUUACUUUUUAAUAUUCCAAUUUAUUUAAAUACAAUUCUUGCCAUUGCCAUAGUGAGUUAUGCGAUUAUUUUAUAUUCACAAAAUCCCAUUCAAAAUGUGAAAACAAGAUUACAUGAGAACUUGAAUGAGGAACAAUGUAAUUUGAAAGAUAAUGUCGUGUAAUAAAAUCAAUAUUUAAAAAAUAUCCAACAAAGCAAAAUGUUAGAAAUGCUGGAAAUUACUUUAAUUCGAAUUUUUGAAAAUUCUAUAAUUUUAUCGAAUAAUUGCUAAAAAAAAAAAAUUGUAGAAAUAUUGAAAAUAUACAUAUUAUUUUUAUUUUAAGGAAAAUUUUUUUUUUUAAGAAUUAUAAUGGAAUGCCUUGAAGAUAUUUUUUAAACAGUUAAAAUUGAAAUAAUUGACAACGAAGAAAUUAGUGAAACAAUGAAAUAUGUUUAUUGUGAUACAAAUUUAAGCUUCGAGAAUAUCUGAAAACUUUUUAAUUCUUACAACGUGUAAAUAGAAAUGUAAAAUGACAUUCGUAGAAAAAAGACCUUCAUGAGCGCUAAUAUUUUAAGUUUUCUUAUUUAUUACUCAAAUGAUUUUAAGAUCCAUAAAUAGUUAAUUAAUUGUAAAAUAUUUUACAAUUUUUCAGUUCCUUAAUAAAAAAAAAUAGCUUGAAAUUAAUUGAAUCUUGAUAUCUAGAAUUUAUCAGAAGUGUAACAAUGAUUCAGAUAGAUUUUAAUAUACUUGUCAAUAGUUUUAGUGUGACAAGCUUAUGUUUAAUUUUGUGAUAAUUCUACCAUGACUGAUAGAUAUUAGUUGAAGUGAAAAUGUUGAACUUGUUUCUCUUCCGAAGAUUUAGAAAAUCUUCUCUCUCUCUCUCUUCUCUUUUUUGAUACAAUCAAAUGUCAAAUUUGUCACAAGGAUAUUUAAAUAAUGCAAGAACCUUGUGCCAAAUUAUAAUGUUUCUAAAAAUGCAAAUUAUUGAAAAAUAUGUUAUGCAAUUAUUGUUUAAUGUUUGAUACUAUAAUCGUAAAAAAAAGGCAAUAUUCGAAUAUUGUUAUAGUGUAUUCUUGGAUUUUAGAAUACAUAAUUAUAGUAUGUAAAUGUUGAUUUUUUUAUGUUGAUCUUUUUAUCUUACAUUAUUGAAAUAAGUCGACUGAAAUUGUAUAAAUUUCACAUUUAGAAAUAUUUUAAUGCAAAUGUUCUUUUUUUUUGUACAAAUCAGUUUUUAUGAAUUUAAUUCAUAGAAAAGAAAUAUAGAACAAUUUAUAGUA